AUGUCGCUCCGUCACCUGAGUCGGUGCAGUAGGGCCACGCCCAUGUCGCCUCGUUCGCUGCAUUUCGGUUCUCUGCAGCAUGCUGCACCUAGGAGUAUCACCACCUCGUCAGCCCCGCCGAGUACCGAGCCAAAGCCCAAGACUAUCGAGACUGGUACCUCGGGGAAGAGGAAGCGUCCCCUGACCAAGGAACAGGAACGCUUCCUGGAUGCUGCUACUGGCGAACUCGCUGCUGUUCUCAUAUACCAGGCCCAGACACCGCCGACAGUGAGAGCCCAUCCUCAUCUUCGCCCCUUGAUGAAACACAUGUACGACCAAGAGGCCGGCCACUUCAAGUACUUCAACAAGAUCAUAGCCAAGCAUCGCAUCCGACCGACAGCCAUGACCCCAAUAUGGGGUGUUGCCGCCACUGCUCUGGGCUGGUCAACUGCCAUACUAGGUCAGGNNGAGGCUGCAAUGGCAUGUACAGAGGCCGUAGAGACCGAGAUCGGCGAACAUUACAAUGCACAAGUACGAGAGCUUCUGGCAUGGAUGAAGGACAUGGAACAACGGGGAGAGGAGCCUGGCGAAGAAAUGACAGACCUGCUCAGCAACCUUCGGAGAAUUAGAGACGAGGAGCUCGAGCAUCUCGACCACGCUGUUGAGCACGAUGCAAAGCAGGCUCGUCCAUAUGAGCUCUUGACAAACGUCAUUCGAGGUGGUUGUCGCGCAGCUAUCUGGGCCAGCGAGAAGGUCUGA